GACUGCUGGAUCAGAAGCCCAGUCUCAGAAACCUCCACUGACAGAGGAGUGGAGAAGUCUUAGUGGGGGAGACUAACCAAAGAGGAAAACCUGGACACUUUUUUUGGGGGGGAAAAAGAUCCAACAUGGCAGUUGCCAGCAUGGCCAUGCCUGGCCCCACAGCGGGCCCCAUGCUGGGUUUUGAUGACUACAGUCUGUACAGCAACCUAUCAGAUGAUGAGCUGAUGCAGCUUGCUAUCGAACGCAGCCUCUGUGAGACCCACAAUGCCACUGCACCGGGUGAAGCCAGCAACAUCCCCACAGCUCUAGGCAGAAGAACAGUCCAGUAUAUGGCAAAUCCACCCCCAACCAGGCUGAACCCACCAAAUCCACCAAGUCAGGAACCAAGCCAUAGGCCGCCUACUGCCAACCCAACUGACGCGGAGGAGGACACUAUCGUGAAAGCCAUCCUGAAUGGUGAUGUGACUACGGUACGAGCUAUGGUUAAAGACACCGGGAAUAACAUACUGCGGCCUGACAAGUAUGGAUGGAUUCCGCUGCACGAGGCUGCAUAUUAUGGCCAAGACCAGUGUGUCAGGGUUCUUCUUGGGGCUCAACCUGGUAUGAUUAACAAGUGCGACCUGAAAGGCCAGACUGCUCUCAUCUUGGCGGUGGGCAGGGAAAAGGUGGCCUGUGUAGAGGCACUUCUGGAGAAAGGGGCAGACACAGAACUCGCCACCAAGGAGAGAGAGACCCCCCUCUACAAAGCUUGUGAAAGGGAGAAUGCUGAGAUUGUGGCCAUUCUUCUGAAUCACGGUGCUGUGGUGAAUAAACACUGCAUCCAGGGCUGGACGGCUUUCCAGGAGGCUGUGAGCCGCAACAGCGUGGAGAUCUGUGAGAUGUUGGUCCAGGCUGGGGCUAAGCUCAGCCCAACCAACAUGUACGGUAUCACACCCCUGUUUACUGCAGCCCAGAGUGGAUGCGUGGAAACACUUAAAUUUCUCAUUAAACACGGUGCUGAUAUCAACAGCGAGGCAAGCGAUGGGGCCACAGCUCUGUAUGAGGCAGCUAAGAAUGGCCAUGAGGACAUUGUGAAGCUUCUUCUUUCUCAGAAUGCUGAUGCCAACAAAGCGGGCAAGAAAGGACUUCUGCCACUACAUAUCGCUGCCCAACGAGGAACUGAUGGAAAAACCCUGCUGACCUAUGACAUCUACAAUUAUGACAAGUCAGUUAAUAUCGUGUUGUUGCUGAUCAAAGCCACCAGUAAGUCCAGAGUGAAUCGCAGUGGCAUCAGUCCCCUCCACCUGGCCGCCGAGUGCAACAGGGACGAAGUCCUGGAGGUCCUAAUCGAGGCCGGCUACGAUGUCGACGCCAUACUGUCGGAGGACCACUCCAAGAUGUACGAGGAUCAUCGCAGCACAACACUAUACUUUGCCGUCGCCAACGGCAACGUGGAAGCGACCACUAUGCUUCUAGAAGCUGGCGCCAACCCCAACCUAGACACCUUCAACACGCUACUGGUGGCUGUGAGGCAGGGUAGUAUCGAAUUGGUCACUUUGCUGGUGGAGCACGGGGCCAACGUUAACGCAUACGUCCCCACUCACCCCACCUCAUUCCCGGCCACUGUCAUGUUCAGUAUGAAGUACCUGUCCAUGCUGAAGUAUUUGAUGGACAAUGGCUGUGAUGCCCACUCCUGUUUUAGUUGCACUUACGGCAGUGGUCCACAUCCACCCAUUAAGGAGACCUCUGAGAGGGAUUACUUGCGCUACAAUAACGAUACACGAAGGAAUACCAGGGAACCUGUUCAGUUCUGUGAGAUAAUCUCAACUCAGGCAAUAAACCGCUGGGCAGGACCCAUCAUAGACGUACUCCUGGAUUAUGUUGGCCAUGUGAAACUCUGCUCUAGACUUACUGAACACCUAGAUAGCUUCGAGGACUGGGAAGUCAUCAAGGAGAAAGCAACGCCACCGCGUCCACUGAUGCAGCUGUGUAGGCUGAAGAUCCGGCAGCAGGUUGGAAUCCACAGACUGAGGUGCAUCAACAAACUGCCCCUCCCUCCACGAGUAAUCAAGUACCUUAACCACGAAUAGCGCAACCAAGACGAGUUUUGUGCAUACUAGAGAGUCAUAACAAGAGCCGACAGAGGGAAUGCCGCACAAAAUCGAUUGACAUAAUCUGUAUUUAUCGUGUGAAUAUGUUACUGAUAUUUGAGCAGUAAUGUAGAGUACAGUUACAUUUCACAAUUAAACUUUAAGACCAGACUUAUAUAGUAAUUUAAUAAGCUCACUCGACUUAGGUAGACUUACCAAAGUUGGUAGCAUUUUAUUUGACUGUUGUAGACAUUACUAGGUAUUUUCUAGUAAUGACUUUUAUUUAAAUUACUAGGUAUUCGCAAGUACAUGGUAAAAUGGUAAUUACAGUAAUAACCUAUGAAUUACUUGUUUGUUUCAGUGAGACCAAUUUAAGCUAAAUUAUUAAACAAAUAUUGAAAUGGGUUUUUGUCAAGUUUAGAAAAUCUACCUGUUUGAGUGUACUAUAAUUUUGGGGCAAUAUAGGACCCUGUAAGGCAGGCUUUUAUCAAUUGGUGAAAAAUUAUUGAAUAUGUUCAACCUUAGUUGAGACUUUAUAAUCUUGUUAUUGAGAAUGGUCUAUUCAAUUUCUCAAUGGAAGAUAAAUAUGAAAUAAAUACACAAAUGGCUUGUUGUCAAGGUUUGGAAAGCUGCCUAUUUGAUUGUACAGUGUUUUUGGGGCAUCAUUUGACCCUUUUAGGCUGCCUUAUAUGUGUAUAUAUACGUUGUGUUUUUGUAAAUAUUUGAUUUUUACAGUUUGACUUAUGUCAAAGGUAGGAGUUGAACAUUAAGGUUUACAGCAUUUACUGUGAGUAAAUUUCACAGAAGAGAUUGAGAAUAUGAGAGCAAAACACUAUUUAAUUUGAUAUGUGUAAAUAGAUUCCAAUUUAUGUAUUUGCAGUAUUCUGUAUGACCUCGAGGUAAGGGUCACCUUUUUCUAAUAUUUGGGUAUAUUUCUCUUAAAGGUGACCUCCAUGUACUUGUAUUUCCGAUCAUGGAAACAAUUCAAUCUUGUGCCUAAGGAAAAAAAUUAACAUAAUUUGAAAAUCAA